AGAAAGGCUAUGGCGGAGGAGAGAGUGUGACGAAAAAAGAUCCAAACACCAUUUGUUUCUCUCUCCUCUCUCUAUAGUUCCCCACCAUUUCUCUCUCUCUCUCUACUUUCUCAAUAGAUCUUGCCAUCAAACCCUAGCCCUCUUUGUGUAUAUCUGUAACUAUAUAGUGUAUAUAUAUAUACACACACACGUACAUUCUCUUUCUUUUGAGAAUUGUAUUCAAAUUGGUACACUUGCUUGAAUUUGGAAGACUCUUUUAACACAGAUGGUGAAAUAUUGAAUUUCAAUUUCAAUUGUUUAACGGUCAGUUUUGUUCCUCUGCUUUUCGGCGGUGGUCUUAUGGCGACGGAGGGUAUUUUAUCGUUUUCUGUGGCGUCUGUUCUUGAGGAUGUUCUUCGGCAGCAUGGAAAGCGCUUGAACGACCUCGAUAUGGCGUCUAGGAGGGUUCAGGAAGCUUCCAUAAGAAGAUAUGAAGUGGCUGGGUGGCUAAGAAAGAUGGUUGGAGUUGUUGGGGGUAAAGAUUUGCCAGCUGAGCCUUCAGAAGAAGAUUUCAGGCUUGGGUUGCGAAGCGGAAUAAUCCUUUGUAAUGUUCUCAACAAGAUUCAGCCUGGCGCUGUGCCAAAAGUAGUCGAAGCUCCUUGUGAUUCUGUUAUUGUUCCUGAUGGGGCAGCUCUGUCUGCAUACCAAUACUUUGAAAAUGUAAGGAACUUCCUUGUGGCUGUGGAGGAAAUGGGACUGCCAACCUUUGAAGCCUCUGAUUUGGAACAGGGAGGAAAAUCUUCAAGGAUUGUGAACUGUGUACUUGCACUGAAAUCAUAUCACGACUGGAAACAAGGAGGUGGAAGUGGUAUGUGGAAAUAUAGCGGAAAUAUGAAAUUCACCAGCUCUGGGAAGCAUUUUGUACGGAAAAAUUCUGAACCAUUCAUGAAUUCCUUUUCAAAGAACUUGUCAAGUGAGAGGUCUCUGGAUAGUUUGUCUAACGAGGAUGUCAAUGAAAUGGGUAACACCCGUUCCUUGCAUAUGCUUGUCCGUGAGCUUCUUUCAGAAAAGAAGCAAGAAGAAAUUCCUAGUAUUGUGGAGAAUAUGCUCAGCAAAGUUAUGGAGGAAUUUGAACGCCGCUUAGCAGGCCAAAAUGAGAUGAAAGCUACUCUAGGAGACAUGGAUACCUCUGGCCCUAACAAAUGUGUCCCAAUAUCUGAUUCUGGGGAAAUAAAUAUGGAAGAUGAAGCAACCACAAAGAUAGUAAAAGAUGAAUGCUGCAAUAAAAAGGAUAUUCAUGAUGAGCAAUCAACACACCAGGUUUUGAAACAGCGGAUGCUGGUUGAACAACAACAUAAAGAUAUACAGGAAUUGAAACAUACUCUUCAUAAUGCAAAAGUAGGUAUCCAGAAUUUGCAAAACACUUAUCAAGAAGAGGUCAAUAAUCUUGGUAAACAUUUGCAUGGUCUAGCUCAUGCUGCUUCAGGAUACCACAGUGUCCUUGAAGAAAACCGCAAGUUAUACAAUCAAGUGCAAGACCUCAAAGGAAAUAUUAGGGUGUACUGCCGAGUGCGACCUUUCUUGCCUGGGCAACCAAAUCGUUUGAGCAGUGUGGAUCAUGUAGAUGAAGGGAACAUUACAAUUCUCACUCCUUCAAAAUAUGGAAAAGAGGGCCGGAAAUCGUUCACAUUCAACAAAGUUUUUGGUGCAUCUGCAACUCAAGAAGAGGUAUUUUCAGACACUCGGCCUUUGAUUCGUUCGGUCCUUGAUGGUUACAAUGUUUGUAUAUUUGCAUAUGGCCAAACAGGAUCAGGGAAGACUUAUACUAUGACUGGACCUGGAGUGAUUACACAGGAGGGCCUAGGUGUAAACUACAGGGCAUUGAGCGAUUUAUUUCUAAUCUCAGAACAGAGAAAGGACACUUUUUUGUAUGAUGUUUCCGUUCAGAUGAUUGAGAUCUACAAUGAGCAAGUUAGGGAUCUGCUUGUGAUAGAUGGUUCUCAAAAAAGAUUAGAAAUUCGUAACAGCUCUCAGAACGGAAUAAAUGUACCAGAUGCAAACCUUAUACCGGUUUCAUCAACAUCAGAUGUUAUUAAUUUAAUGAAUCUAGGGCAUAAAAAUCGUGCAGUCGGUGCUACAGCCAUGAAUGAUCGUAGUAGUCGUUCUCACAGUUGCUUGAUGGUUCAUGUUCAAGGAAGAGAUCUGACAUCUGGAACAAUUCUUCGUGGUUGUAUGCAUCUGGUUGACCUGGCAGGAAGUGAAAGAGUUGAUAAAUCUGAGGCAGUAGGAGAUAGAUUAAAGGAGGCGCAACAUAUUAACAAGUCUCUUUCUGCUCUAGGAGAUGUUAUAUCUUCUCUUGCCCAGAAAAAUUCUCAUGUUCCCUAUAGAAACAGUAAACUCACACAAUUGCUCCAAGAUUCACUUGGAGGGCAAGCCAAGACUCUAAUGUUCGUUCACGUAAGUCCUGAGUUUGAUGCUAUUGGAGAAACAAUUAGUACACUUAAAUUUGCUGAACGAGUUUCAACUGUUGAGCUGGGUGCUGCUCGGGCUAACAAAGAUAGUGCAGAUGUCAAGGAGCUGAAGGAACAGAUUGCUAGUCUUAAGGCAGCCUUGGCAAGGAAGGACGGAGAAGCAGAGUACCAGCAAUCCAGAUUCAGCAGCCCUGAAAGAGUGACAGCAAAGUCUCCUGGGUCAGACAGUCGGAGGCUGAGUGAUGUUGGUACAGCAGAGACUAGGAAGUUGGGAAGGCAAAGAAGCUUAGAUCUUGACUUGUUGACGGAAUCACCUCCUUGGCCACCCAUUGACAGCCCUGGGUUAAAGGAAGACGAGAAAGAAGUGGGUUCUGGUAAUUGGGUUGAUAAAGUCAUGGUAAACAAGCAAGACGGGGUAGGUAGAGAUGAAAUUUCACCAGGACGUUGGGUAGAAGAAAACAGACAAUUGCCUGAGAUGUUUUAUCAGAGAUUUGCCUCCGACCCAUCAAAGAUAUACCCUGAACAAUCCUUUAACAAACUUUCAGCCAAUAGAAAAGACAGCCAAGACUAUGAAGCACAAAGGAAUCGGUAUGAGACAGCAACCACGGAUGAGUCCGAUGACUUUGAGGCUGCAACUAGUGAUUCAUCUGAGCCAGACUUUCUUUGGCAAUUAAAUGUUCCCAAAGUCAGCAACAUACCGAAUGGACUGGGAUCAAAAAUUAAGAGACCUAACGCAAAGCAAACAAAAAUCCCAGAAAUAAGGAGUUUGAUUCCAGCACCACCAUCACGGAGACAAUCCACUGGUAGUUCACCGUUGCAAAAGACUAUAAAGCGUUCGGCUUCUGUUGAUGGAAAGCGGAAAGUAGCGAAUGGGAAGUAGUGAGAUAUGCUGUUAUGGGGUGUUGAGGGAAGUGUUUUGUGUUGGUCUUUUUCUUUCGUUUUUCCCCAUGUGAAUUAGUUAGGUAUAGAGAGAGAGAGGUGUUCAUAUGUGAAGUGGCAAUACUCUAGUUGCCUGUAUUUUCUCCAGUGGGUGAUCCCUGAGAUUUCUGGUGUCCCAUUGACGGUUUCGAUUUGUUUAUACGAGUGUUGAUUUAUUUGCAACAAUUUUUUAUUUUUUUAAAUUUUUGUUAGAAAAAGAAAAAAAGAAAGAAAGAACGGAUAAAAAUCAUUUGUAUCUUCA